UCAUCAAACAACCAAACUCGACUUAUUUAGUCUUAAAACAUACAGUUGAGUGUAAGGGGUGAAGUUUGAAGUUCGUCUGUCUAAAAACACCGGCACACGUGUUGGUGUUAAUACAGUCAAGCUUCAGAUAUGGCUGCUAUAUACUCGGGUAUUCACUUGAAACUCAAAAGCCCCAAGACCUCCUGGGUGGACAAACUUAAGCUUGCACGUUUUGCAUGGAUUUCAACACAGUGCUUACUACCUAACAAGGAACAGGUACUCUUUGAUUGGACAACUCAUGCACUGACAGGCUUUUAUAGUAAGAAAGUGGAGUUGCCCCAAGAAGUUGUGGAAGGUUUGUGGACUUACCUUGAUGAUAUUUUGCACAGCAAAAAACUACACAGUGUGUUUAUCCAAGGAAAAACUGUCAGCCUUCGUUUGGCAGUUGCGCAACUUAUAAUUGAAAGGAUUCAUGAAUUUGCCUCCGGGACCUCCACAGCAUCUUUCUCUACCUUGCUGAGUUGCUGUCAAGGCAUCCUGUCCUCCCCAGUCCUCUCAGUCACAUUCACCACUAAGUACGAGCUGCUGGUGGAUCUGCUGGCCAAGCUAUGUGCCCUGGCAUGCUCCAAGCUCAGUCAGCCACAAAGCACAGACCCCUUGACACCCCAGGUCUUUGAGGUCCUCCUCCUUACCCUGAGCAGUUAUGUCACAGUACAGAGGCAGCAGGCCAAUUCCCAACGUGUGUUUUCCCAAGUCACCACUCACCUCCUCCAGUAUCUCCUCUUUCUGAGACACUCACUGACCACCAGGGCAUGGAUCGCUGAGGAUGACCCCCGUGUCCGCCAACACCUGAGCAGGGACAUUCGUAGUAAAGUUGACAUCAUCUUGCAGUCAGCUCUGUUCUCAUCAGAUCACCUCCAGUCCUAUAAGGAGGAGCUCCUCUCCAAGGAUGAACCGGGGAAAAAGAAAGGGCUGUCAGGAAAAGGCCUCCCUUCUCCAGUCAACUCGAUACUCACAAAGCUCUGUGCACAAGGGUAUUGUGACAAUGCUCUCCACUAUGCAGUCAAGUCAAGCUCCCUCUCGCUGCUCUUCAAGUUUGCUUUGGACGCCUACUGUAAAGGAGAAAAUAAAGUGCUCUGCUUUCACCUGUUGACACAGUUAAUAACUGCCUUAGAUUUCACAGAUGAGGUUAAUCUCAAAGACACGUUUGAUGGUGAAAACUGGAGCUUAGCUCUGCUGGCUUUGGAGAACCUCUUGAAUUUAUGCUUGACGGGAGACAUUUACAAUGUGGCGGCCGACAGAAUAAAGCAUGGGGAGGUUCAGUUGACUUUCUACAGGAAGGUGGUGCGGCUGUUGUUUGACAAUAGCCAAACCAGCAUAUCCGCAUGGUACCGGUGUCUAAAAGCUUUGCUCAGUCUGAACCAUCUGAUCAUUGAGCCAGACCUGGACGAGCUGCUGUCAGCAGGGUGGAUCGACUCUGAGUGCACAGACCAUCGUGUAAGAAAGGCACGUGAGGCCCUCAUCUCCUCUGUUCUCCAGGUUUACGCCAAGCUGAGACAGCUCCCCAGGCUCUUCGAGGAACUCCUGGCUGUCAUUUGCCGCCCAGCAGCGGAUGAGCUCCGACUGCCCGUACUUCCAGAGGCGGUGCACAUGACGCUCAGUGCAUGCCUGCUAGACAACCCUGCCAGCCAGAGUCUGGAAAUAUGCAGCCUCAUUUUACAGAACAUAAGCCAUAUACUCCCGGAUCUGGAUGGGAAUGUGGACAUGUCCCUGAAGCUGUUCUCUUUAAGUGUGCUCUUACACUCUGUGUUGUUCAGCCUGAAGACUUUGGACAGCAGAACGCCGAUACCUGUUGUGAGACAAACCCAGGCUUUGAUGGAAAAGAUGCUGCACGUUGUGACGCCAGUGCUGCAGCUGGCUCAAGGUCAGGCCCCAGACAACCCCGGGUGUCAUAGAGUCCAAGAUGCAGGCCUCCUGCUGAAGUACACUUGGGUGGAGGUGGACACCCUCUUUCAGAUUCACUGUACUAAAUACACAUCUGGAAUGGUCCCGGCUAGCACCAACAUACUAGAUGACAUACGCUGUCUCCUUUCUGGGGUGAUAGCGAAAGAUGGAGAUCAGGUUUCUACUAUUGGCCACGAGUACUGUAGCCCCAUGACCCACUAUCUGCAAAAACUGCUUAUUCUCCAACAAAUGAGGAAAGUUCUCCUAAGCAAUGAGCUCUUGGCACAGACUAGCGUUGCAGAUGUCCUCGGGGAAGCAGCCCAGUUCAUUGUGGGGAGGGAAGGGCUUCCACUGUACCAACAGAGUGACCAGCAAUGGGACCGUCAAGUUAGCAGUGUGGAUGCCAGGACCUACUCCGUGGCACAUUGGUACCUUGUUACCACAAACCUACCACUGAUCACGCCGUACCUCACAGAGCGUGAUGUGUGUCACAUAGCUGACCUUCUACUCAACUCCAUACUUCAAAAGACUCCAGACGACACCAAAGAGAGGCUGUCUGUUUCUCUCAUUUCCAAACAUCUGCUUGAGAGCCUCAUUCUUGUCGAGCUACCUGUUGUUUACUCUGCUGUGGUCAGAUGUGUAACUCAACGGAUUGUGGGGAUUCUUAGUAGCAGCCGAGACACUGCCUCAGUCUGUCUGGUACUCAAGAAGCUGAGUGAGGUAAGCCGUUUAACAGCUGACGACAAACGGAGUGCGGCGCCUUGGUCAGACGGUGACGACAGUGAAGCACCUUCUGCUUUGAAGAGACUGGAGUCGAUAGCUGAAGCCCUACUGAGCUCCAGUAUGACUGAAGCAUCCAUAACACUAUCUGAAAUUCAAACUGAUGACCUUUUAAGUUUACUUAAAGUCACUAGUUCUCUAAACCCAGAUGGAAUGUCCUCUGAAGACUUUUCUGGUCUCUUUCUGCUCUUAUUCCUCAUGGUCACAGACAUGCAACUACAUAAUGAUGUGAAGCCUGAGGUAACAAUACAACUACUGAAUCAGCUCUUCAGUCUCAUGGGGUCACUUCUGGCAGGGAAUAAUUCCCAUCACAUUUUAAAAGUAGUGCAUGGGAGUAGUGUUUUGGAGGGAGCUCUGACAGCUAUGUUUUCGCAUAGCAAGAAGGGUCUCUUUAAAACUGUGAACAGCUCACAUUGGCUGAUUUUCCUGAAAACCUUCCAGGAUUUCAUUAAGUCUCUGAUCUCCUUGAUAAUCUACAGAAAGAGCAGUGUCUGCCUCAAUCUGGAGAAAUUCACCACCUAUUUGGUCAAUAGUGAAGUGACCAUCAUGGCUUUGUCUGCUGUCCAGGGAAACACUGAAACAGCGAGCCUGUUUUCUAUCCAACUCCUGCUUGCCUCUAUGAACAUGCUGUGCCAGGCCAUGAGCUCCGGUCUAGGAAAAUCCAAAAAGCUUGAUGAGACCCUGAGCCAAUUGCUGGGACGGACCACAGCUGUCAUGGGCCCUGCCAUCCAGGCCAGCCUGAGGGCUCAGUUAGGCAGCCUACUGGGCCAGGCCUUCACUGUGGACGUGGUGACCGUGAUGGUGAGAAGCGAGCUAGCAUGCGCUUACCCUCAGAACGAGCCAGGCCUCCCACAGGCCAGUCUACGCCACAUGGUCCUCUACAGGACCUUCAGUCAGCAGAUCCUCAGAGAGCUGUGCCCAUCCCAGCGUCCCAUGGACUUCCUGCUCUCAUCACUCCACUUCCUGUCAGUUUACUAUUCCGCUGCAAAGAUGACCAAAUCAUCAGAUCUGGAGGAGCUGUUUGUGGCAAUUUUGCAAAAUGUCCACAAACUCCUUGCAGCACCAUGGUUGUCUGUAUUGGAGAUGAGGGUACUGGAGGACCCAGUGAAGGAACUGCUGGACCAGUUGCUUGUUCAUAGUACACCUGAACAGUUCCACCUGCUUCUGCUGCUGCUCAGAGAAGGACUGGAUACCUCCAAAUUCAGGAGUGGCCGCUAUAGGGAAGUACUUUCAACUGUGACGAUCGCAAAGUUGCUUUCCGGCUGCCUGCUUCCAGAAGCCUGCUCGAAGUUGUUCUGGCUCAUUGCACCCGAGAUCAUAUCUGCCUUGGUUUUUCUAGUGAAAGACAGUGGCAAGGAGACAGCACUGACGGCUGCCCUGACUGUGCCUGUGCUGCACACUCUGACUGCCCUGCUUCGUCAGGGGGAGGGGAGAAUUUCCAACCCCCACCACGUGACCAUGGUGCUGGGAGCCCUGCAGUUUGUCCCCCUUGAACACCUGAACCUGGAGGUCUACCAUAAUACCUUUGAGGCUGUCCACGAGGCUCUCUUCGCUGUCAUCCAGUGUCACCCGCAGGUGAUGCUGAAAGCGGCCCCAUCCUUCCUCAACUGUUUCUACCGCCUAGUGGUGUCCAUCAUGCACGAAGGGAGACAGAAGAGUGAGACUGAUAAAGCGCCUGAGACUGAUUCAGAGGUGCUUUUGAAGUGUGCUCGUCUGGUGGAACGCAUGUACUCCCACAUUGCAACCACAGCUGAGGGCUUCACUGUGCUCUCCUCCUUCAUGGUUGCACAGUACGUAAGUGAGCUACAGAAGGUGACUCUGCAACCAGACAUCAAGAGCCACCUGACAGAGGGAAUCUAUGGGAUCUUGGACCUCUGUGUUGAGCAGGAUGUGAAGUUUCUACACACCACCCUCCAGAUGGGAGUCAAAGAGGUGUUCAAUGAGCUCUAUGGCAGUUACACCCAUUACCAUAAAACCCAGCGGCAAGGAGAGGAAAAAUAUACUGUCUGACAACUCUCCCCUACUAUCUCCUUUUCCAGAAAUCUGAUGACACCCUUCUUUCCCCUUUUUCUUUUUUUUUCCUUUUUUUACUGCAACCAUGUUUUAAAACUAGAACUAAACAAUUGUUUAAACAUGUACAUAUUUUAUGCUUGUUAAAUGGGGCAAAAAAUUAAAAAGAUCA